AGAUGGCAAGGGUACUCUUCUACUGGCAAUGUAACUCCCAGUGCCCUACUUCCUGAUUUCGUUGCUGGCGUCACUAGCGCGCGCCAAUAAACGCUCCCUGUGUGCUUGCGUCUUUUCCGGAAAUCAGGAGAGAGAAGGGCGUGCUGCUUAAGGAAGGCCGAAAUGGCGUUGUGGGUGCGGGAUCUUUUGGCUUCUAGAACGGAACUGGUGACUUUGCCGACCGAAGAUCGAUCAGUUUGUGGGUUACUCCGCGCUCGUUGCCAGGGUAUUCCUCAAGAUCACUUUUAUGUAAAGUGUGAUGGUCGACUUGUUAAUUCUGAAGAUGUGCUGCAGGAAGGAGCUGUUUACAGCCUGGAACCAAGACUGUGUGGUGGAAAGGGAGGUUUUGGAUCUAUGCUCCGAGCACUUGGUGCCCAAAUUGAGAAGACAACAAAUCGAGAAGCUUGCAGAGAUCUUAGUGGAAGGAGACUUCGAGAUGUUAACCAUGAAAAAGCGAUGGCUGAAUGGGUGAAGCAGCAAGCAGAACGUGAAGCUGACAAGGAACAAAGGCGUCUGGAAAGACUGAAGCGCAGACUUGCUGAGCCAAAACACUUUUUCACUAAUCCAGACUACCAGCAGCAGUGUCAUGAGAUGGCAGAAAGGCUAGAGGACUCUGUUCUCAAAGGCAUGCAAGCGUCUUCCAGCACAAUGGUAUCACCAGAGAGCAGCGGGAGCCGGAAGCGCCCAGCUGAUCCGGAAACAAGAGCAACGUCUGAGAAGAAAAGGUGCUUUUGGUUGGGCGUGGACGGGUUGGAGGAUCCUGACAGUUCACAAGACAGCAGUGACAGUGAAGAUGAUGAAUCUCCUAGCACAUCAGGAAGUUGCACCAUGCCAUCCUGCAACCAUGUCAAGGUAGCUGAAAGUACAGAACAGAGUCGCAGCCAUUCAGAGGAUCCCAUAAGCUGUUUAGCCUCUGAUGCAGCUGAGAAGUCUCAAGAAGAAAUGGAGGAUGCUAAAAAGGAUCUGAUAGAGGAUCGAACUGCCAGGGAAAUUGCAACUACUGAGAAACAUGAAGCAGCCAAAACAAUGAAGGAUAGGGAGCAAGCAAAUGCCUCCAGUACUCAAGAACCUGUGAGCCAGUUACUGGGCAUGGAGACUGCAAUAAUAGAUCUGCUUCAAUUCAAUUCUCUUGCUGAACUGGAAGCCCUAGGGUUAGACAAGCUAAAAGUUGAACUGAUGGCUUUGGGACUGAAAUGUGGGGGCACAUUACAGGAUAGAGCCGCACGACUUUUUUCAGUGAGAGGUCUGUCUAGAGAUCAGAUUGAUCCUGCUUUGUUUGCUAAGCCUUCAAAAGAGAAAAAGAAAUAAUUUUUUAAAGAAACCCACCAGUGUUGCAGUUCUUUAACUUUUUAAAGGUUUACAUAUUGCAGUUUUGGAUAGUGAUCUCUUUUCCAGAAAAGCAAAGGUGGAUUUGUGUAUUCUUUAAAUACAGUUCAUAUAUGAAUAACUUUUUUGUGAUGAAAAUUAAAGAUUGGAAGUCCUUCCAGCAGCCUGGUUGCCACCUCGGUUUUUGUACAAAUCCUGAUAAUUUUUUCACAAGAAGAGCAUAGUAGUAGGCUUCUCAUUGGGAGGAUUUUUCCCUAUGUAAGCCCAUUUGCUAAGAUUAGUAACAAACCUUUUAACUGCAAUAAAGUUGUCUGAAAAGUUUUUUUAAAAACUCUGAAUGACAUUGGGUGAUAUUGAAGAAAAUGACUGAUGGAAAAUGAGCGCUAUGUGGUAAUAUUAAUAGUUAAUAAAUCCAAAUGUUAUGAACAGUG